UAUUUCGCCUACAGAGUGGAAUCAUGGAGGUUUUGCGUGAUGCAGAGGGUGUGAAAUAUAAGCCUGGCGGUCGUUUGGACAUGAGUCACGGGUUUCUGCACCACAUCAGGAGGAAUCAGAUCGCCAGGUCUCGAGCUUUCACCUGCUCAGUUUUCAGUCUCGUGCAGACUCUGUCGCGUGCACGACAACGCGUAGUUACUUUGGAUGAUUAUGACAAAGAGGUAAAACAGGCCAAGGAGAAGCAGAGGCGUAGGCAGACGACCACCCUUCGCCGCCCGAGAAGACCUGACCGUCAGGUGUACCACCCACGCCAACGGAAUGGAUCUGAGCCUGGUGUGAAUGCAGAAAUAGAAGACUGGAAUGAAAGCAGCUCCGGCACAGAUCAGGAGAACCCUGGAACAGAGUUAUUCUGGCUCGACUAUCAAGCUGACAACGGGCAUAUAACAUCAUUCAUCGUUCACAAGGAGGAUAAGCCUGAAGCAAUUGUGGAACGAGUGGCAGAGAAGAAUGUCCUGGACUCAGCCAUGAGGGCGGCGCUGUUGGCUCGUGUGGGACAUGAAAUGGGCAAGCGGUGCGACAAAUGCUGAGAUGCAGUGGGUGGCUGUUUUGAAUGAGAGUGGAGAUUAAAGGGCAAGACCCUAAAAGGCACUGAGACGUUGUUGAGCCAGAAUUGAGACUGAACUGCAAAUACACUUCUGUAUGACAGCACCAAGCAUGCAGCAUUUGAAGAUGUCUUGGACAUGCCAUGUAGCCUAACAUGCCGUUGUAUUUCAUAAAAGAGAGCGGACUCUAAACUCAAAAGAAAAGACGCUUAUAGAGAAACUGUUAAGCAAUAAAUAUGGAAAACAUUGACCUGGAAGUAGAGAUCCAUUUGUCAAUUCUCACUUUGGGCAAAUGUUAAAAGUGUGAGUCUGGUGCAUGGAUUGUUGUACGCAGAGACGCCAACUUAACAGCGUGGUCCUUUUUACAUCUGUAAAAAGAAGUGAUGGUUAGUGCUGGACUAAAUGUAUGUCUAGAUGCUACUAGUAAUGGUUGAAGUUCAGAUGCUAAUCAGGACCUCGUUGCUCUGAUCUUUUUACCCAUUAUUGUUAUCGUAAAUAUUUUCACGGCUGAAGAAAUGGUAAUAAUGUGUUUAUAUUUCGAGGCUCAUGGUCACAUUGUAUAUUGAAUAUAUUAUGUUGUUCUCUGUUGGUGCUGAUGUUGCUCUUCCAUAGUGAGAACUCAUUGUUCAAACUGUAUGUUCUUUCUUUUCAACUUUUUUGUAUACAUUUUAUACAUUUAGAUUUUUGAAUUUGUUCUACAGUACUGUACUGAUGCCAAUAUUUCAUUUUGGUUCAGAUUAGAGUAUGAAUUGUUCAUUCUCGCAUACAUACAGACGAUUGCAGUAUGUGCACCA